CGGCGGUGGCGGCGGCGGCGGCUCCCGGAGCCAGCACGAAUCCGGCCCCGCUGUGGGACCCGGGUAGGUGUGGACGCGCCCACGGGCCCACGUGAGCGGAGGAUGGGCACACCCCCCCGCAAUGUCUCUGGGCCGCCUCCUCCGCCGGGCCUCCUCCAGAGCCUCGGACCUCCUGACCCUCGCCCCGGGGGGCGGCGGGCCCCCCUCCAUCCUGGACGGGGAGAUCCUCUACUCCAAGAACAACGUGUGUGUGCACCCGCCCGAGGGCCUGCAGGGCCUGGGGGAGCACCACCCAGGCUACCUGUGCUUGUACAUGGAGAAGGAUGAGCUGCUGGGGGCCACCCUCAUCCUCGCGUGGGUCCCCAACUCGCGGAUCCAGCGGCAGGACGAGGAGGCGCUGCGCUACAUCACCCCCGAGGGCUCCCCGGUGCGCAAGGCACCCCGCCCGCGGGGCCGGCGCACCCAGAGCGCGGGCGCUCCCUGCCGGGCCUCCCCCACGGAGCCGAGGCCGCCCCUGACCCCCAGAGACGAGGACAUCCUGGCGGUGGCCCAGGGCCUCCGGGGGGACGGGGAGAAGCUGGCCCCGGGCCUGGGGAUGGACGGCGCCCUCGCGGCCUCGCAGCCGGCCCACAGCCGCUCGGGCACCCUGUCCGCCGUGGGCUCACAGGACGGGACCGAGGAGGGGCGGGAGCCGCGGCCCGAGGCGGGCGAGGAGGAGGGCUCCAUGGAGCUGUCGGCCGAGGGUGUGAGCCAGGACAGCUCCUUCGACUCCGACUCGGACGCCUUCUCCUCCCCCUGCUGCCUGUCGCCGGUGAGCGCCGCCCUGGUGGACAGCAGCGGCUCCGUGUUCCUGGAGGGCGAGAGCGGCUCCCCCUCCAGCGUGGACGCCCACCUGCGCUUCCCCGACAGCGACGGCCUCCCGCAGACCCCGCACGGGGACGAGCCGCAGCGGGCGCGGGCCCUGGAGCAGAUCUGCGGCGUGUUCCGUGUGGACCUGGGGCACAUGCGCUCCCUGCGCCUCUUCUUCAGUGACGAGGCCUGCACCAGCGGCCAGCUGGUCGUCGCCAGCCGCGAGAGCCAGUACAAGGUCCUCCACUUCCACCACGGCGGCCUGGACAAGCUGGCGAGCGCGCUCCAGCAGUGGGAGCGCUGCGCGGGGACCCGCCUCCACGGCCAGCAGGUGGCCGACGAGAAGACGUGCAUGAAGUUCUCCAUCCGACGCCCCAAACUGCCCUCCUCCGAGACGCACCCCGAGGAGAGCACGUACCACCGGCUGGACGUGGCAGCCUGGCUGCGGCACCUGAACGAGCUGGGCCAGGUGGAGGAGGAGUACAAGCUGCGCAAGGCCAUUUUCUUCGGCGGCAUCGACGUGUCCAUCCGCGGGGAGGUCUGGCCCUUCCUGCUGCGCUACUACCGCCCCGAGUCCACGUCGGAGGAGCGGGAGGCGCUGCGGGCGCAGAAGCGCCAGGAGUACAUGGAGAUCGAGCAGAGAAGGCUCUCCAUGACCCCCGAGGAGCACCGGGAGUUUUGGCGAAACGUGCAGUUCACGGUGGACAAGGACGUGGUGCGGACCGAUCGCAGCAGCCAGUUCUUCCGCGGCGAAGGCAACCCCAACGUGGAGAGCAUGAGGAGGAUCCUGCUGAACUACGCGGUGUACAGCCCGGCCAUCGGCUACUCGCAGGGCAUGUCGGACCUGGUGGCGCCCCUCCUGGCCGAGGUCCUGGACGAGUCCGACACCUUCUGGUGCUUCGUGGGCCUCAUGCAGAACACCAUCUUCGUCAGCUCCCCGCGGGACGAGGACAUGGAGCGGCAGCUGCUGUACCUGCGGGAGCUGCUGCGGCUGACGCAUCCGCGCUUCUACCAGCACCUGGCGGCGCUGGGCGAGGACGGGCUGCAGCUGCUCUUCUGCCACCGCUGGCUGCUGCUGUGCUUCAAGCGCGAGUUCCCCGAGGCCGAGGCGCUGCGCAUCUGGGAGGCCUGCUGGGCCCACUACCAGACGGAUUACUUCCACCUUUUCAUCUGCGUGGCCAUCGUGGCCAUCUACGGGGAUGACGUCAUUGAGCAGCAGCUGGCUACCGACCAGAUGCUCCUGCACUUCGGAAACUUGGCCAUGCACAUGAACGGGGAGCUGGUCCUGCGCAAGGCCAGGAGUCUGCUGUACCAGUUCCGCCUCCGGCCCCGGAUCCCCUGCAGCCUGCACGACCUGUGCAAGCUGUGCGGCAGCGGCAUGUGGGACAGCGGGUACAUGCCCGCCGUGGAGUGCACGGGCCACCACCCGGGGUCGGAGAGCUGCCCCUACGGGGGCACGGGCUAGCCGCCUUCGCCCACGCCCCCCAGAGGAAGCGAGAAGGGCCUGCGUGCCUGUGAAGGCUGUGGCUUCCGCAGAUAGGCCGGGCUCCCCGCGUGGACGGCCCCGAGCAUGUGGGGGCGGGGACGGGCAGGGACAGGGCAGGGGAUGGUCACCGUGUCAAAAGAAAAAGACACCGAGGGUCCUAGUGGCUACAAGUCAAUGGCCUGGCGGUUGUAACUCUCACAGUAGAAUACCAGUCCCUCUGGGUGGCAGCUCAGAGCUUUGCAUCGGGCUCACUGGAGACCGUGGCCGGUGUGUGCUGGACCCCAGGGCCAGGGGGACAGGUAGAGGACUCUGAGAGGGACCCCCACAGUGACUAAAAGACAGGAGAGCCGGCCGGUGUGGCUCCGCGUUGAGCGCUUCAAUUCCUGGUCAGGACCCAUGGGCCGGUUUCGGACUCGCUCCCCAGUAGGGGGCGUGCAGGAGGCAGCUGAUCCAUGAUUCUCUCUCCUCAUUGAUUCUCUCUCCCUCGCACUUGCUCUCUGACAUCAAUAAAAG